AUGACGCGUAACGAGAGUAAGGCGUUGCCUUUUCUUAAAUAGUUCGCUUGUGUGCUCGUUUUUCAAUAAAACGAAGCAGAAAGCGCGGGGUUAUGAAAUACACUAUUCAAUCGAUUCCGCACUCAGCGCGCCUACCACUCUGUUGCGCAAUAUAACCGCUAGCUGCAAUUUUCACCGCUUUCACUGUCGUAUGACAGCGCUAGCGGUCUUUGCAUGCAUGUGUGACUUCUCUGCGUCGCGUGUUUCUGCUUUUCUGGGAAGACCCCUUAAUGUUACUACAUAAGGACCUGAUGCGCUUUGAAGUUUGAGCAGUUCACACUUGACUAAAAAAGCAGAUUAGCUAUUCGCAGAAUUGUCGUCGAGUUAUGGGGUUAUUCGGGCAGUGAAAACAAUUUCUUUUUUUUUCGUUUUUUUACGUCAAAAAAUCCAAUUCAGCGAUGUAAAAAACAAAAAAACGAAAAAAACAUGCGCUGAAUAGCCCCAUUAGCUAAUUCUCUUAAAGACUGAUUUGGGUGCAAAAUUUGUCAUUUUGGCUCAAAUAAAUAGGCAUAAUGUCGCUCAAUAGCAUUAAGAGUGGAAGUGGUAAGAAAGAGAUCGACAAGUCAAAGGAAUGAAAGGAAGAAUGCGUUUCAGCGGUCGCGACGAGAAAUACCGCCAGAACGCGUUGAAAUUCGAGGUUUUCUUUUUGGGAUUGGCGCCGGUAAACAAAGGUGCUACGGUGAGAAGACACCGAGUGCGUUUGCGUACACUCUGACUGCAGACAAAUGCGCACCGUACCUUGCUGGAUUAAUUAUCAAACUCGUGAUAAAGUGUUCGAAUUUCCAAAGUUUCUGUUUCUUAGUAACUGUUUUCGAAGUUUCUUAUCAAGAGUAUUUCAGAAUAUGUCAGACAUUGAAAUAUUGGAAGUGAUUGAGCCAAAAAACAGAAACAGAAAGAGCAAUGACGGAAAAGAUGCCAGUUUCAAGAGCAAAAAGUAUUUUUUCACCGCUUAAAUCGAAUAUAUCCUUGAUUCUUCACAGAAAAAGGCAGUUGUCCGGUUUAAUUGAAAAAAGUCAAACGAUGAAAGGGACAGAGACGGAAUUUGAGGUGAGUCGCCACUGUCAACAACUACGAAAUGUUGACUUUUUUAGGAAUACGUCAUAGAUCGCACUGUAACCCUUCAAAGGAAUUUGAAUGUGAAUGAUGUUGAAAGAAGCGAACAAACAGUGUAAGAAAAUGCCUAUAAACUUGAAAAUCGAUACGUUCUGUACGUUCAGAAGCACAAGUGAGUGGAGAAAGCGUUUGGAAAGCUCUUUCCUGGGAGCCGAGCCACUACCAGAGCCCGAGAAGAAAGGGAGAAACAAUCGUUUCAGAAAGGUGCAUUCAUCAUUGGCAUUUCAAAAAUUCAAAUUAAAACGUUACAGCGAUGUUUCAAUUGCGAUGGCGAGCACAGUGUCGGCGAUUGUCCGUUUCCGAAGGAUCACAUGAGAAUUCUGAGAGGAAAGAGGGCCAACGAUGAAAAACAGUACGAGCAGAAACAAACUGAAUAACGGAUAAUUAUUAAAUAAUUGAAUUGCAGACGUCAAAGACAUCAGCUCAAUAAUAAUGGAAUUUCGACGUACAGGCAGAAGAAGACAUUCAAACCCGGAGAAAUAAGUGAUAGACUGAGAAAAGCCUUAGGAUUGAAGAAGAACGAUAUUCCGCCGUGGGUUUAUCGCAUGCGACGACUCGGAUUUGUGAAGGGAUAUCCACCGGGUUGGCUGAAAAGGUUUGUAUACCGGGAAAUCAUAAAAAAAACAUUUUUUCAAAAUUCCAGAUCAAUAAAAGGAGGAGACCUGAUCAAAAUGUAUACAUCUGACACUUCAGAUCAAAAAGAUGAGCCAUUGUCGUUGGACGAAUCGAAAGUGUUCUGGUUCGAUGGUUUCAACAAUGACAACGCAAAACUGAAUGACGUAAGCAAUUUCAAAAAUCAGAUCUGCCAAAAAAGGAUAUUUCAGUUAGAAGUAUUCAAAGUGCCCCAGAAAGCCGCACUCUUCGAAGCGUACACAGACGAACUCGUAAAAAUGCAACGGAGAGAAAAGCAAGAGAACGAACGGAUAAAGAAAGCAAAUCAAAGAGGACAACUGAAUAUGGCCAACAAAAAAAGUGAGUUUCUGGAGAGAAGUAUGUCAAUCGAUAAUUUGGAUUGUUCUAGCACCAAAGUACAAGAGAUUCGAUGAAGAUGACGACGACAUAAUGAUAGUCGAGUACGAAGGACCGACGGACAAAUUCUGCACUCCGGGAGAAGAGGGAGACGUUCUGCUUCUGGGAAAUGGUAUUUCGACGGAAACACUCUCUGUUGUUCCUUCGACCGCCAAGAAGACUGUUGAGAUGGGAGAGUCAAUGAUUCGGACAAUCGGAACUCCCGUCUUCAGCAAACCAGUCAUUCCGGUGGUUCCGCUCGAAGCAUUUGCAGUUGGGAUUCAACCGUUUGAAGCUAGGAACGAGGAGACUGUAAACAGAGGAGGCUUCCGGAAGAUGAUGGAUUCUUUGAAGCGCAUUCGUGACGAGAAGGGAGAUCCGGACCUUUCUCUGGUUCAAUCUGUUCCACCUGUUACCAAACAGCACUCUGAUGAGUCAACCGAUUCACCGAAAAAGAAAAAGAAAAAAAAGAAGAAGUAA